GCUAGCUUGCUCUCGCUGGUGUCGAGCCUAGCAAGGGGAGAGAAACCGUGGUAGAAGGCACAGUACGAAAGAUUCAAACAACUUUAAGGUCGAUAAACAUCUGGCAGCGUGGAAGAAAGAAACUGACAAGGUAUCACCAGCAACUUGACAACACCUCUUCUCUCCCCUGGCUCUCCAGUGUGUAAGGACACCACCUUGUAUGUCAUAUCUCAAAGUCACCCAGUGCCUCUCUGCCUAACAGGUCCUACCCUUCCCCUUCAUCUUCAUCAGUGCAAAAACUAUCCAUACACCAGCAAGUGAGUAACUGUAAGUUUUCAGCCAUUUGAGCAAAGUCAGACACGCCACAGCUACCAAAGUCAGUAUUUUGUUAAGUUUGGUGCCCCCAAGUCCUCAAAGCUCUUCAUCACUUCUUAGUAUUACUCAGUUGUCUCAUCAAAUCAGCUCAUCAAAGAAAUCUGUAAACAGCAUUUAGCACCAUUAUGGCCUCCAUCACGCAGUCAUCCGAGCUCGAAAUCCCAGACAACCACAAAGAGAGCUGGCUGGCACUACUUUCUGCAGCAGAAGUGUAUUGCCAAAAGUCUGGCUGCGACCUGGCCAUACUCACAGCCUGUAAGAAGUUCCGGUCGGUGACUGGAGAAGGAGAAGUGGGGAGGAAGCGGGAGAGCGGCAGUGCCUUUUCGAGGGAGUGCGAUUUCUCUUAUAAUGUAUGGGGUCAGGGAUUUCUGGCUGAGUCAGCGCGUCGCUACAUGGAUGACAUCGGUGUGCUGCACUCCACAACCAUGCUAACAGCCCAAAAGCACACACGCCAAGCUGGAGGAGAGGGAGGAACCAAGCUAGUGGUUGACUUGACCUCUGACCCUGGAAACAGGGGGAGCUUAACAAGUGACGUUGUAGUGGGAGGAGUCAGUCCUAAUGGAAGACUGUACUCCCAAAACUACCCGUCGAUCUACAGCUCAGGAGCCGUGACCGGGCAGGGCGGCGGGCAGAACGGUACCGGAGAGAGGGAACGUGAGAAGAGCGCGUUGGAGGCCGAGCGAGGUCGACAGAGGUCUGGGAUUGAGGAUUUAGAAGAAGAGGGUGAGGAUGAAGAAGAGGAAGAGGACAUGGAUGAGAGGAGACCCUAUGGGAAUGAAAGUGCAGGUGUGUUCUCUAUGGAUGAGGACUCUGUUUCUCGGGACUGUGAGCCGUUCUUUGAAUCUGAUGGAGAGGAAGAGAGCACGGAUGGCUCCUUGAGUGAGGAUGCCCCUCCGCCAUCACGCGGUAUGGCUGUGGGUCAGGGUGCGUACUCAUCCCGUCAGUCCCAUCCCAUGGCGUUGGCCCGCUCCCUGCCUGUAUCUGUGCCUGUGUGGGGCUGCAGAGGAAGCAGAGCUGCUCAGGGAGACAGCAACAGUGGAGAACGGUCGGGCUGUGCUGACCUGGAGCACAUCGCUGCCAGUAUGAAGGCUCUGCUGGCCCCUGGAGCCACUGAUGGGACGGAAAUGUUUGGGGCCCUGCCUCGACCCCGUCUCAACACAGGGGACUUCUCUCUCAAGCACUGAGUGAAGGGGGGAAGGAGAGGGUGUAGGGAGGGAAGGAAAGGGAGUGAGGCAAGUACAAAGAGGGAGAGUGAUAAAGGGAUAGGAGGAAAUGUGGAGAGGAGUGACAGGAGGAACCCUGGAUUUUCUGGCAAAUGUGACGUACAGUAUGUGACACAGUGUAAAAGCUAGUACCUCCAUUUAUUUCUCACUAACCAAAAUUAACGGCACAUGCUUUGUGGAGUAACUUUCCUAAAGAAAUGUGGUUAUGAACACUAAUAACGUUUCAACACUACCCCUGCCCCUCCCACUUCGUCAAUACUAGCUUCCACGACACUACAUUACAAUUGGACCUCGAGAUGUUUGUGUAGUGACCCACUGCACUGAACUAAAAGUCACUAAAACAGGGUGUGUAAUCAUGUACGUGGUGUUUUUUGGACGUUUGCCUUUUGGUCAGGUUACCUGUGAAGUGAUGAGACUUUGGGGAAGAGCUGCCUGUACCCGCUUCAUCAUAGAUGCUGCUUCUUUUGUGCUUAAGUUCCAACUUUGAGUGGUAUUAGCUUUAUUAUGAAGAUGAGGCAAUAUGUGGUAGUUAAUAGUUAAACCUUUUUUUUGGCAAUCGAUGCCACUCUCAAGUCUGUUAAAUGUUGAGGCAUAAUCCGGAGACUGUUAGCUUAGCUCGUCUCAGUUUGGCAAAGCUUUGCACACCAGAAAAGCUGAAAGCAAACCGGAAACUAGAUGGACUCAGUUCAACCUAUCAGCCCCACCAAAGCUAAAAAUUAACAUGUUAUAUCCCGUGUCUUUACCAACAGAGGGAUCUAGGCCUGUAACUAGUUUAUCCAGCCCUUCACAGCAGCACCCAUCUGUGCAGCAUUUCUAGCUUUACAAAUGUCAACAAACAAGGAAAAAUGGAUACAUUGGCCAUAAUUUCAGCUUAGGAGUGUUCAGGGGUGUUUCUUUUCACUGUCAGCAUUACAGUGAAACUGUUUAAAGUUGUACUGUGAAACUGUACCCUUACAUAUGGUGUAAAUUUUAUAAGAGGUUCUGUAGUUCUUUACACAAAUUCGGCAGCAUAUGGUGCUAAAACUGGUUCCUACCUCCACCUCAGAAUUACAGGAGGAAACUAACAUGGGUCUAAAUGAUUUGCAAUAGGUAGUGGUGCUCAGUAACUUUACUAUGCACACGAAACUGUCUUUAAAUCGUUGCCGUAAACAAAUUAGAUGCAUGUUAAUCAGUGACUUUUAAGAGUGGUUUUUCCUACUUCAGAGCGAGCCAGCCCCUGUGCUAUUUAAUCUCUGGCUCUCAGUUCAUACCUGCAAAGGCAUUCAUGUUUCAAAGAAGGUAAAUAGCCAAAUUGUUCCUUUUAAAGUUUAAAACUUGCAGGAAGAAUCUCAACUUUUAUGGAGAAACAUAAAUCCAACAUUCCCCUGAAAAAAUCCUAUAAGAUCCGCACAGAUCUGUGGGUUUAAACGCAGAAAACGUUUGCAUCUGUUGGUCAUUAAUCAUUGAUGAGGUCAGAUUUAACUGCAAGGCCUAAAGUUGCCACAUUUGUUUUUUUUCCUUCUGUGUACUCCCAUCAUUUACCUGGUAAGAUGACCAAGAGGCCUGCUGUUGCCCCCAAAAGAAACCAGUCUAUUCCUUCUAAGGGGUAGAAACCAGUGGUUGACUUGAUAUGAAGCUUGUGGCUUUAGAUAAUGUGAGCAGAGAGCAGAGGACACCAGCACCUCGUCGUAACAUGCCUAUUUUUACUUUUACUUUUGCCAAUGAAUGACUGACUGAUAGAAUGAUUGUAAAUCAAUACUGAUUUUUAGGAGAUGGGUUUUUUCUCUUUUUUUUUUUUCUUUUUUUUUGCUCCUGAUAUGUUGUUGAAAAGAUUGAAUGAAUGAGAAGACUGUGUGAGAGAGGGUGAAAGAGAAGUAGAGUGGAUCUGAAAAGAUAAAUGUCCAUCUUUGACAUUUCAAAAAAACAAACAAAUGUUCCGUUAACUACUUUUAUGUUUCAAAUAAAGGAGCAACACCAAGAG